AUGCCAAGAGUAUACCAGAACGAGUGCCAAGUUUCCCAGUGCCCACACACACUCAGCCCCGAAAGCAUCACAUUACUCUACCCCCUCACAGACAAGGCCAUCCCCCCAGCCCGUGCUCCCAAAAGCAGGCACCAAGUGAGAACGCCCAACCUCACCCACAUCAGCAGCAGCACAGCAACAUGGUCUUCUGGAAAAGCAGAGGAAGCGCAGAAUCAGACAGAGGCCAUCCUCCAGCCCCCCAAACCCCAGCCCCCCCUGUGCAUAACCGCGCUGCUGAGCUCGUCCCGAGUACAAUGGUCAGAAGACACAACCGAUAGAUCAGCUUCGAAGUCCAAUGACCGUCUUAGAACUGCUCAAAGAAGGUAA